AUGGUAGCAUACUUUGACCCAAACACAGCUCCUUAUUUAAACCCAUCAGUUGAUCGCCGAGUUGCUUUCAUGACAGGCGGAAAUAGUGGUAUUGGCUGGUUUACAAUUUUACAUUUAUACUUGCAUGGGUAUACGGUUUACAUUGCAGGGAGAACCGAAUCCAAAGUACGUAAAGCUAUUGAGGAUAUAAAAGUUGAAGCGGAAAAAAGAGUGAAUGAGUAUACUAAAGAAGAGCAAGAUGCAAGAUCCUUAGGUUCUCUUGACUAUGUUUAUUUGGAUUUGUUAGACUUGUCAACAGUUGUAACAGCUACAGAAUCAUUUAGUAAGAAAGAACCAGAAUUACACAUCUUAAUCAAUAAUGCUGGAAUUAUGGGUGUACCAUAUGAAGAGACGAAGGAUGGAUAUGAAAUUCAGUACCAAGUUAAUUUUGCAAGUCAUUUCUUAUUGACAUUCAAGUUAUUGCCAUUGAUUAAGAAGGUAGCUCUGAAAGGUAGUAUUCAACCAAGAAUCAUCCAACUUACGUCCGAGGGUCAUAGAGCCUCAUACAGAUAUUUCCAGCCUAGCGAAAAUAUGAAUAAAUUCCCUAACUUUUUGUAUACUUGGUACCGUUAUGGUGCUGCCAAAUUAGCGUCCAUACAAUUCAUGAAUUUAUUGGCUAAGGAGAAUCCUGAGAUAUUAUGUGUUUCAGUUCACCCUGGAAUUAUCUUCGGUACUGAGUUGUUUAAUUAUUGGAAAAAAUUGCCGAUCUUUGGCUAUUUGUCGUCGGCGUCCAUGUACGCCGUCACGCCAUUAAUAGGUGUGCAAAUCGAAGAAGGAAGUCUUUCUACUUUGAAAACUGCAUUGGACCCAAAAAUAAACCUGUUGCAAGAUAAUGGUAAAUAUUAUGUUACAGGAGGCUCCGAAAGCUCAACUUCCAAGGUAGCCCAAAAUGAAAAAGAUGCUAUAACCACUUGGAACUGGAACUUAGAUUACAUGAGGAAGCAUAACUUUACUAUUGAUGCUCCAACGCUUUAG